AUGAAUUUCACCGAGCUCCUCAACAAUGGAUCGUCCCAUGAUGAUCUCAAUGAACCACAUCUGACAUAUGAUUUUCCAUUGAGUCAGUACCAUUCCAGUGGUUCUACUUUUGAAGAGACAUAUACUACUGAAGCUCACAUUGGUCAAGAGAAACCAUGUGCACCUAGCAGCAAGAAAUCACAAAAACAAUCUCAAGGAACUAUCAACUUUUCUCCUGAGGAAGACAAACUUCUUAUAGCUACAUGGCUGAAUACAAGCUUAGAUCCAAUCAAAGGAUCUGAUCAAAAGAAGAACCAAUUCUGGAAAAGAAUUACUCAGUACUUUGAAGAUCAUAAGAGUUGGCCGGAUGAACGAACUGAAAAAUCACCGACGAACCGUUGGUCAAAAAUAAGCUUCAGUGUGAGUAGGUUUUGUGGACAUUAUGUUGCAGUUGAACACUUGCGUACUGAUGUUGCAUUCUCAAAUGUUAUUUUUCUGUUAGAUAUUUACAUGAGCUAUUCUUUGCAGAUACAAGAGGCAAAAACGGUCUACAAAGAUAAGGAAGGUCAUCAGUUUGGAUUUGACCAUUGUUGGACUCUUCUAAGGUUUCAGCAAAAAUGGAUGGUUGAACAUAAAAAAAUUGAAGUAACUAGAAUCUUCAAGGCUCCUCCUGCUAAAAAUCAAAUUACAAUUGACUUGGAAGAUGAUAAUGGAUAUGCUUCUGAACCUGCACCCUUGAAGAGGCCUAUUGGAAGAAAGGCUGCAAAAGAAGCAAACAAAAAAGCAAAAUCCAACGAGCAAGGUGAUGAUGAUGAGAAGGAAUCUUCAAAAGUCCGUUCUGAGUUGGAAGAAUUUAGGGCAAGGAGACUAGAAAGUGACCGCGUAAAGGCAGAACAACUUAAGUUGUUAAUUGAUAUUAAGCAAAAGCAGGUUGCUCUUAGAGAAAAGGAAAUUGAACUUCAAGCUCGAAGUGAGGAAAUUAAAAUAAUAUCUAUGGAUACUAGUUCCACGAAUCCUCUUCAAGCAGAAUAUAUCAUCAGCCUUCAGAGAGAAAUUUUGGCAAAAAGAGCUGGUAAGAAUGGAAAUGAGUAG